AUGGUGUUGGCUUCACAGAGGCGAACCUGUGUCCAGUAUGUAGACAGUGAGAACUUGGUUCCAAGCGAAUAUGUUCCACCUUUGGCAAAUAUUGGAAGAACUCCCAAAAUAGAGGCAGUUCCGUGGUAUAGCGGCAUGGACGUGUACAUGUUGGUGUGCUUGGAAAUCCGCAUGGCGUGCGAAAAGAAGAAGCUAGCAAAGAACACCUUUCUCCAGGAGUUCACGGCCGACUUGGGAAGGCCGGAAGUCCCACUGGUGAAGAUCAGCAAUGCCGGAUUGUAG